AUGGCCUCGGAGGCUUCUCCGUGCCUUGGGGUGCCCCCGCACCGUCUGUGGGCCGUGAGGCCUGGCAUCUAUGAGGACGAGAAGGGGAGGACCUGGGUGACCAUGGUCGUGCGUCUCAGUCCCUCCCAGAGAGCUCGGGGCAGGGGCUCCCCGGGCGGCACACAUGAACCCAGCAUCACAGUCCACAUGUGGCAGAUGCCAGUGCACCCCCGGGAGCCCAUGUCCCCCAGCCAGCUGCCCCUCUCCCAGCUGCCCCUCGUGUGGCAGCUUUACCCUGGAAGAAGGUACAGAGCAAUGGAUUCCAGGCUCUGGGAAGUGGUGGACCAUGUCCAGAUCACCUCCACAGAGCAGCUGAUUCUGAUGCAGCUGCUGCCCGGGGAGUGA